AUGCUGAUGCAUGUUGCGAAGAAGAAAUUAGGGAAGGAAGUUUGGGAUUCUCUGAAGGCGCGGUUUGUGGGUGUAGAGCGUGUGAAGGAUGCGUGGCUACAAACUUUGAAGGCGGAAUUCGACGUGCUGAGAAUGAAGGAGGAGGAGACUGUUGAUCAGUUUGCUGGGAAACUGACGGCGAUGUCAGUGAGAUACAACAAUCUUGGCAGUUCAUUGGAGGAUUCGGAGAUGGUGAAGAAGCUGUUCGACACCGGGCCCGAGUGA